CUUUAAGACCAACAAAGUUUUAUUCAAGAUUAUGAAUAUGGAAAACCAAGUGACUGAUACUUCUGAAGAGCGUACGUUCCAGUAUCAGAGAACUCUUCCUUCACUUCCAGUUCCUGCUCUUGAUGAAUCUUUAAAGAAAUACCUUGACUCAGUAAAGCCUUUCCUAAACGAAGAAGAAUAUCAGCAAACCGAGAGCAUAGUAAAAGCUUUUGAAAAUGGGAUUGGAAAGGAGCUGCAGCAAAAAUUACUUGAAAGAGCUAAAGUAAAGCGAAAUUGGCUGGAGGAAUGGUGGCUGAAGGUGGCCUAUCUUGAGGCCCGUGUACCAACACAGAUUUUUCAUAAUUUUGGAGGUCCAGGCCCUUACCUUGAACACUACUGGCCAGUGAAGGAAGGUACUCAGAUUGAAAGAGCAAGCAUGAGUACAUGGCAUACUUUGAAAUUCUGGGAACUAUUGAGAACGGAAAAAUUCCGUGUACAUAGAUCUGGUAAUGUGCCUCUGGACAUGAAUCAGUUCCGAAUGUUGUUUUGCACAUGCAAGAUUCCAGGAAUUACUCAAGACUGCAUUGUCAAUUAUUUCAGGACAGAGAGUGAAGGAGAAUGCCCAUCUCAUCUGCUAGUGCUAUGUCAAGGUCGGAUUUUUACAUUUGAUGCUGUGCAUGGUGGUCAUAUGUUGAGCCCACCAGAGAUUUCCAGGCAACUUACUUACGUCCAAAAGAGGUGCUACAAUGAACCAGAGGGGCCAGGAUUAGCUGUCUUAACCUCUGAGGAGAGAACCCGGUGGGCACAGAUACGUGACUAUCUUAUUAACCUGGAUCCAAGAAACCUGUCCCUUUUGGAAAAAAUACAGACUAGCGUGUUUGCCAUCUGUCUGGAUGAAGCAAGUCCUCAGGCUACACCUGAAGAUUAUACAGAGGUCACCAAGUUGGCACUAGCAGGAGAUCCAACGACACGCUGGGGAGACAAAUCCUAUAACUGCAUCACGUUCUCAAACGGGGUAUUCGGCUCUCACUGUGAUCAUGCUCCUUUCGAUGCCAUGGCUGUGGUAGCGCUCUGUUCGUACAUUGAUCAAAAGGUUGUUGAAUCAGAGGGAAGGUGGAAGGGAUCAGACAAAGUGCGCGAUAUUCCUUGGCCCGAGGAACUUGUUUUCAACUUGGACCAGAAAAUGCUAAAUGACAUUGCUUGCGCUAAGGAGCAGUAUUACAAGCAGGUCUCUGACAUACAACUCGUGAAUUAUGCCUUCACAUCCUUUGGCAAAUCACUAAUCAAGAAGCAGAAGCUUCAUCCUGAUACAUUUGUUCAGCUUGCGCUCCAGCUGGCCCAUUAUAAACUUCAUGGACA